UAUUGCUUUGCUAGGUGGGGGCUCGUCUGAAGUCACUGAAUUCCGAGAGGUCACAAGAUUAUCCUGGGAUGGGAAGGACAGGUCAUCCCCCACACUGGCCCCACCCCUUGCCAAAAUUAUAAAUAGUUGGCUGGAGAAGGGCCCCCCCCAAUCACAGAUGCUCUUCCAGUGAAGGACUGAACUUUACCCUCUGUGGCCGAAGACAGCUUGCGUGCGCCUUGGAGACCGCCUCUUAGGCUUUUCAGGAGGGGAGGCUUCUGGCUCCAGCUCCUUCGGCUUCACUACUAAGGAUUUGUAAGGAAUUCGGCCGGAGCCAUGUCAUCAGUCAAGGUUACCUGCCCCCUCCUCUUUGCUGUUGGUGUAGCUGCUAUAGGCUCUUUUCAGUUUGGCUACAACACUGGCGUCAUUAAUGCACCUGAGCAGAUCAUUAAGGAAUUUAUCAAUCACACUUUGAGUGUUAGGAACGGUGAGCCAGCCUCUGAGGUUCUACUCACCUCACUUUGGUCCUUGUCUGUGUCCAUCUUCUCAGUGGGUGGAAUGAUUGGCUCUUUCUCUGUUGGACUCUUCGUCAACCGAUUUGGCAGACGCAACUCCAUGCUCAUUGUCAAUUCACUAGCACUUGUUGGAGGUGCCUUCUUGGGCUUCUCAAAGUCUGCAGGGUCAGUGGAGAUGCUGAUUCUGGGCCGUUUGAUCAUUGGCCUCUUCUGUGGACUUAGCACUGGCUUUGUACCCAUAUAUAUUGGAGAGGUCUCCCCAACUGAACUUCGUGGAGCCUUUGGUACCCUGCACCAGCUGGGUGUUGUUGUGGGGAUCCUCGUUGCCCAGAUAUUUGGAUUAAAUUACAUCAUGGGAACUGAGACUCUCUGGCCAUUGUUAUUAGGCUUUACCAUCAUCCCUACUGUUCUGCAAAGUAUAGCCCUCCCGUUGUGCCCUGAAAGCCCCAGAUUCCUACUUAUCAAUAAGAAGGAAGAGGAGCAGGCCCAAAAGAUUCUUGAGAAAUUAUGGGGCACUCAAGACGUAGGCCAGGAUAUCCAGGAGAUGAAGAAUGAGAGUGCUAAAAUGGCACAAGAAAAGAAACCAACUGUGCUAGACCUCUUUAGGACACCAAAUUAUAGACAACCUAUUAUCAUUGCCAUCAUGCUCCAGUUUUCUCAACAGCUCUCUGGAAUUAAUGCUGUAUUCUAUUAUUCUACAGGAAUCUUUACAGAUGCUGGUGUUAAAGAGCCAGUAUAUGCUACCAUUGGUGCUGGUGCGGUUAAUGUGGUAUUUACUGUAGUUUCGCUCUUCCUUGUGGAACGAGCAGGAAGGAGAACCCUUCAUCUGGUAGGACUGGGUGGAAUGACCGUGUGUACUGUUCUUAUGGUUGUUUCCAUGUCUCUCAAGUCUACUCAUUUGUGGAUGAGCUAUAUCUGUAUCGUGGCUACCUUUGGCUAUGUGGCCCUCUUUGAAGUUGGGCCAGGACCCAUUCCUUGGUUCAUUGUUGCUGAGCUCUUCAGUCAAGGCCCCCGCCCAGCUGCUAUGGCUGUGGCUGGCUGUUGCAACUGGACCUCUAACUUCCUUGUGGGUAUGCUCUUCCCACAUGCUGCGAAAUAUUUGGGAUCCUACGUCUUUAUUGUCUUUACCUUUUUCCUCAUCUUCUUCUUUUUGUUCACCUUCUUCAAAGUCCCGGAGACCAAGGGCAGAACUUUUGAGAAUAUUACCCAGGUCUUUGAAACCAAGAGUCAGGGUGCCAUCAGCCCAACCUUAAUGGCAGAGAAAGACCCCAUUGUGGAUGUGAACAGCAUUGAUCCAGCCAAGGAAUCUUCAACCUCCGCCCUCUAAAAGCCCACCUUCCACACUUCUUCCAGUCUCCCAACAUGGAAAAGCAACAUCUCCCUGAGGUGGAAGGGCCCUCAUCAGGAUAGCUAUAACCUAGGACUGUUUCUGAUUGCUGCUACUGUUUCUUUUUCACCUUACUCCAUGAGCACUGAGAUGAACCUAGGGUUGGAGUCAACUCAGCUUCACUGGCUUUUAAACAUUCAAAAAUCUUGGUCACUGUCUGUACUCCGCUAAACAGAGAUCAGGUGAACUUGCCCUCAUUUCUGGAGGGAUCGGCUCCUUGGCAUUUGUGCCAGCCUUUGCCACGUCUUCAUUUCCUUGGGUUCUAAUGAUGAUUCAUUGAGGUUCCUGGGAAUCAGAAGAGUGGGUGUAAUCUCAUCCCAAUAACUACGAGAGUAGUAUGUAGGAGUUAGGGGUAGGAGAAAGGUUGGGGAUCAAAAUAGGAGAGAAUCUUCCUCACUUUUUUUUUUAAACAACUCUGCAGAGUGCAUUAACUUGAGUUUUUAUUUAUUUUAUCUGCCGGUUUUAUUUCAUAAUUAUUUUUUUAGUGUAAAAAGAAAGAAUUGUACAAAAUAAUAAACUGUUGAGGUCAGAGAGAAGAGAGAAGGGGUAUAAAUUUAAAGAACUGGAGGAGAAGUAGAAAUUAUUUUGGAGGAGUUGACAUAAUAAGGAUUGAAGAAAUACAGGGAGAGAUAGAGUAGUGCAUUAAAGGGCACGUGAAAUGGUGCCGGAGGUUUUCACAUGACCUGUAGCAAUUUCUGUACUCCAUGAAAAUGAUAAAAAACUUGAAAGAAGUCAGGCAGCAUUUGUGAUGCCUGCAAAAGCUACUGGUUUCCUUCGGGAUUUUUUUUCCUUUUUUUUUUUUUUUUGUUUUUUGGUUAAGCUAUAUAAUGUUACUUGGAAACUGUAAUAUUGUUGUCAUCAUAGGCAGCGAAGUUGAAUGCGGUUGGUGGGUUCUACCUCUGGAGGAAGAUGGAUUUUCUAGAUAUUUCACUGAAAACUCCCCCUCUCACCAGAUGGAACUCCUUUCACUUUAUAGCUUUUAUUUUUUUUUCCUUCCCUUUUGAUGGGAAAAUAGUGUUGUGGAUUGUUUCUCAAUUCAGAAAGGCAAACUUUUCCUUAUUUUUGUUCUUUGGGAUUUUCUUAGGUUUUGGGUGUCUUUGGUUUUUCCGACCCUUAAAUCUCAAUAGGCAUUUGAGGACAAGAUUUAAGGGGUGUUAUUCAUAGGGGCCUAGAAAUUGGUAUGGAGGUAGAAUAUGGGGCUAAGGGUUUUGUUUUGUUUUGGUUUGGUUUUUUGCCUGUACUUCCUCAUUUCAAGUGAAGAAAUGGUCAUGGCUUCCUUGUAAAUACGUGUUUACAUCACUCUACUACAGAAGAUUUGGAUGAGGUAGAGAAGGCUCACUCAGAGUUCACAUUUAAUUUAGAUAGUAACAAUAUAUGUCUAAUGUCAUUGUCUCCUCCAGGGGCAAAUGUGUCUUAACGGGUUCAUGAAUAUAUUAUUGCUGUUAUGAUUUAUAUGUUACUAUUCAUUCCUUCUGGAUGGGAUAAUUCUGGUAGUUUAAACAACUACUGCCUUGGCUGGAUGUGAUUUAGCCACCCUACCUUGAAUCUUAAGUGCCCUGAGACAGACAGACAGCCAGACACACACACAACACACACACACAAACUCACACACACACACACAUCCAUACACACCUUCCACCUCCCUUGAUGCUGGCUAAAUUAUAUUCCAGUGAACCACCAAUUAGAGUCCCUUGCUUAGGAUGAAAUAGCCUUUAGUGAGUUUUACCAGUUUAGGUGGAAUGGGAAGGAAAGAUGCUCUGAGUAUUCAAGAGGUUCAGGAUAGAGAGAAGGCUUGACCUAUGUAGUCAAAAUGGGUAUGGAAGGGGGCAGUAAGCUUAGUAAUUACCUGAAUUGUAAAAGGAAGGGAAGAUAACAAGAUAUCACUGCUGAUGAAGUUAAGUAUCUUUAAAUCUAUGGGCUUUCUUCUUCCAAAAACUUUUGAGGGGAUUGCCUUUGGUGCUUACCUCCUCCUGACCCAACUUGCCUGUGGACAGUAUUUAGUUCUCAAUUCUCACCUUCCUCUGGUCAUUGGCAGGGAGGAUAGAUAUAUAUGUAUAUACGUAUAUGUGUACAUAUAUGUGUAUAUAUACAAUAGUUGACUAAAGAAAACUUAUUUGCUCUCUGGUUCUACCCUGUUUCUCCCUAGAUCCCCAGGUAGAACUAGGGUCUGGGAAUUGGCAAUAGUAGAGCUUAACAGUUUCUCCCUCCCUUUUCUCCAUAGCCACAUUGUAAAUAUUUCCAAAUGUAUUUUCUAUGCUUAUUACUGUUACUGUGGUUCUGUUUUUAAAUAAAAGUUUUAUUGUAAAUAUGGUAUCAUAA